CCAAAAUCCAUCGCCAUAAUAAAUCGAAAUUUUGGGCAUCAUUUACUUUUUGAAUUUAAUUUCUUAUCAAAGCACAUACUGGUUUAUGUAAACUCUCAUUGACUGCGUCCUCAGCGAGCUGUUCUUCGAUCAAUUGAUAUAUAAAACCUACUCGUCCUUUCAUCCGUCAUGGCGAAUACAGCAGCUUCCCCCAGGUCUCAUCGUCCCUAUGACUCAAAGCUUGGAAUAGUCACAGGAGGCUCUCGAGGUAUUGGUGCAGCCGUUGCUGCGAGACUCGCUGCCAAAGGAUGCAAUCUUCUCCUUGUUUACACCUCCAACUCGUCCACAGAACUAACCAGAAAUCUUUGCGGCGAGCUAUCAUCUCUGCACAGCAUUAAAUGCCUUGCAGUACAGGCCGAUUUGGGCAAGCCGUCCGAAGCUUCUCCUAAAAUCAUUGAAGCUGCACGUCGCCUUCAUGAUUUAUAUAACCCGCACAAGCCCUUCCAAAUUGAUAUACUAAUCAACAAUGCCGGUGUCUCGUCUAACCAGCAUAUGAAUGAUGAAAGACAUGGAAAAAUUCAAGAAGUCGAGUUUCACCGCGUCUAUAAUGUCAAUGUCUUGGCCCCUCUCCUCCUGACCCAGGCUGUCGCCCCGCAUCUUCCCACAAACCGCGCGGGCCGCAUUGUCAAUGUUUCCAGUGUAUCUUCGUCUAUCGGGUAUCAGGGCCAAUCUGUUUACGCCGGGAGUAAAGCGGCCUUGGAAGCAAUGACACGGACCUGGAGUCGUGAGCUGGCUACUCGUGCUACAGUCAAUGCUGUCAAUCCCGGGCCUGCUUGGGGAGAUAUGUACGCAGCCGCUGGACAGACUUUCUGGAACAUAAACCAGCCUUAUGUUGACGCAGCCCCAUUGGCGCAGUAUAACGGUGAACCGGAGGUUUUGGCUAUGGUUGGGACUGAUGCUGAACGCUUUGAUCGGACGCACGAGCUUCCACACGGCAGGUUCAGCCGGUUUCAGAACAACCGCUGGUCGGGUGAAACGGACCAGGUGUACAGUCGAUCAUCGAUUUCCGUCUUUUCAUCUGGUUAGACGCAUGUUGCUCAUGUCGAGGUGACAAUGAAGAAUUUGUAUGAGAAAACGACCCCUUGCAUUUGAUUGCCUUCAUAGCUCCUCGCCUUAUGCUUGCCCAGGGACAUAACUGCGACUGCGGUACUACAAGCAUAACCGCGGGCACGGUCAACAAUCAGCCAAUCGUGCUAAGCAAUACUUAUAUAUUUUGGAGGUCCGGCGGCUUCUGGCAGGAGUGAAACGGUGGCGCUUUGUAAAAGGGGGUGAAAGCCCUGUCAUAGCUGUGUGCAACCAUCUACACCAUACGUAAUGCCGAGUACUUUGCAAAGAGCCUCCUCGACAUUGUUGGCAACCUCAUGUAGCGACAUCAAGCAUCUCGGUUUCAUGCCCAAUGUUGUGUGACAAGGUUUAACAAAUUCGAC